GCAGCACCCCCAAAAGCUCUAUUAUUAUUUGCUAGUGCGCAUGCAGUACCAUGUCCCUCCUGAACUCGUGAAUCCGCCUGCCGCGGCCGCUGCUUCGAACUCCAACGGCAUCAGCAGCAGCUCAUCUCCUCCCAAUAGCGCAUCCUUGUUGGCCCAUGCACCUCUUUACAGCAGCAGCAAUGGAUCCACUAGGGUGGCUGUGGGGCAUGGUUUGCUUAGCGGCCGACGUCUUGCCGUGCGUGUAGCUGCGCCGAGCACACUCACAUCAAGCGCUUCAUCAUCUGCGGCAACGCACAUUGCAGGGCCGCCGCCCUCUUCGUCCUCCGACCAGCCCUUCGCGGUGACGAGUCAGCCGUACUCGAACUUCACCGCGUCCUUUGCGCCGGCGAGUCUCUCUUCACCGCCGCCGCCGCCGCAUUCUUCGCCUUCUCCCGCUACUGCGUCGUCUCCGGCAUAUGGUGGCGGCAUAGUGCGCAUCAGCGACCUGCAUCGACGGGGCGUUCAGUCGGUGGAGUCGGGGCUACGCCUGAACACCUUGCAGGGUGGACGCCCAGCGCCCACCUCCGUUGUGCGCCGUUGCGCUACUACGGCGGAUGCGGCGAACACCCCUUUAGCGGGUUCGUUUACCUCCGCUGCCGCACCGAGACCGCGAAGAGGUCGCUCCGCUUCGUCCUCCACAGGCGGCGGUCGAGGUCGCCGUCGAGGGAGUGGAGGAGACGGUGGAGGUGGACGCAAGUCGGACACAUCGGUAACGGUGACGCUGACGGAGUCCGGAGAGCUGUGCGACUAUCGCUGGUUUACUGAACGCGGCCGGCGCUGUCUUCUCUACGACGGCCGCACCUAUAGAGGCGCCUCCGCCCAUCGAAUGUGGACAGAGAUGAAAGCGGUGUCGAGUUGUCGUGCACGCCAGGAGCAGCGAAGUGUUUCCACAACCCCGCACACGACAGCGGCUUCUCCAACUGCGAGGAAGCGAACCACACGAGCGGUGUCUGCGGCAGAGACGGCCAAAGCGGCGACCACCACGGCGGGUACUGCGGCCUCCAGGGUGCGGCCACACCGAACGUCGGCACGGGCUGUGUCGGCUGCUGGUCGGAGUUUGCGUCUGGGAAACGCCGCCAACCUGGGAACUCGCCGCGGCGAAGCCGGUUCGCUGCCCUUGCCGGUGAUUCUUCGAGACGAAUGGCGGGUAUUAAUGCGUGAGCUCAGUGUGGAGGCGGAAAACGAAGCCGUGAUCCCAUCUCCGCCUGCUCCCUGUCCAACCUACAUCGCCUCCUCUUGCAUAUCUGGACCGGUUCGCACCCAAGCAUCUCCACAGCAAACGGCUUCGGGCGCAUCCAAUGCGAACACAGAAGUCGUUGAGAUCACGGACAGCAGCAGCGGCAGCGAUGACUCCUCUGCGUCGGACACACGCCAUGAUCGUCACUCUUCCUCCGCCGCACCAGCACCCACCUCGCAGGUUCUGGCGUCGCUGCAGUGGCCGGCAACUUCGUUUUUCGACGACGAAAGCAGUGGGUGGUCGUCCUCUUCGUCUCCCGCCGCGCCGCGCUCACCCGCGCACGGCGGAGAGUCACCAGCACAGAAAAGAGCUAAAACGGAAUCCUCGUCGUACCAUCCACCGUCCUCGCUGCGCCAAGACCAUCCUUCUUCCCUCGCUCCUCCUACGUCUGCGGCUCGUGUGCACCUGUACAACGGGGUCGAGGUGGUGGAGGAGGAUGGGUGGAUGUAUCCGGUGGACGUCUACGCCUCGCAGCAGCAGAACCAGCAGCGUUUUGCAGAAGGAGCAAAGCAUGAAUCAAAUCCUCGUUUUCCAACCUCGUCAGAUGUAGCUGCCGAGCGAACCGGUGCUGACUCUACGCCGCCGGCGCUGCAGGAUGUAAGCGACGUGCCGCUUGCGGAUCUUUUCACUCGGGGAGCCUCUUCAGCCACAGCGGCACAGAACACCGUCGCGAACGGCCGCGAUGAUCCGCUGUUGCGUUACGCGCUUCUUCCCGCAGCGUUGCACGGCGCCGCUGGCAUCGCCGUUGUUGUCAGUGGUCAGCACAAGACAGUACCUUUGCGUCCGACAUCGACCCUACGUGCCGAUGCUGGCACGCGGUCAGCAGCGACGACGGCAGGAGCACAAGGCUCUGCGGCUGUUCUGAGAAGCGCGGACGAUGCUGAUUUGCUCGGUGGGUUCACCGACACCGACUUAGCGGACAUGUUCGUUACAGGAGAGGAGAUUGGAGGGGUGCGGUAUGGCUCUUGA